ACGUGGGGAUUGUGGAGAUUACAAUUCAAGAUGAGAUUUGGGUGCGGACAGAAAGCCUAACCAUAUCAGUACCUAUAAUGCAACUUCCAUUAUGCAAGCAUUUCUGCUAUUAAAUGAUAUAUGCAUUUCCAUAAAUCCUGGCAUUCUGAAAAAUUCAAAAAUCGCAGAGAUUUGGGAGACAAUAAGGUUGCAGCACACGAGUCACAAUUCAUGCAACUCUGUAACAAACCGCAGUCCUAGUGAUGAUUAUAGCACAGUUAAAAUGGCAUGCUAAAUUUUGAAUUAAAAAUACAUUAGUAACUUGAGGACCUGAGUAACCAUAGGGCUGUGUUUUACAAACAAAAAGGGGGAACUCAAAGGCAGGUAGCUAGAGAAGGCUUGAGGCUGCUGAGUUACGGAGGCAGGAGCAGACAGAUCUUCAUCGGAAGUUGCAGGUACAAGAGGAGUUGCAGGCUUUGCUAAAAUGUAGCAGAAAGGAGUGGUCUAACAUGGCCUUUGCACAAAUAUCAGGGAGAAGUGAGCACCAAACUCUUCUAAGACAGCACGUGGCCUUGCUGAGCCAAGAGGAAGAGCAUGGAGUCAUCUAUGGCUUACUACACUCAGCUGUGUCUGGGAUCUUUGCAUCCAGCUGUUGUUACUUGGUGAUGACAAAACAUUAAUGCACUGGAAACAUUUGCCUGAGAGCCAAUACUACUUCCACAUUUUAUGGACAUCAUUCCACUGUAUACCUUAACUUAGCUGAACUAUCUUAUGGAAGUAAGCACAGUAGAACGAAUGACAUCUAAUGUAACAUAUGCUCAUUGGUAAGAAUGCCAGCUGUCUAAUUUACAUUGAGAAAAGUACUGGCCAUGCACCCUGCAUGAGUUGUGGACUGUUUUCCUCUUGGUCUGAGAGUCUAUUUAGUACACUCACCUUACAAGCAGUGUGUGGAGCAAGAGCAUAUGGAGUUGGGAGAUGCUAUUCUAGAAUAUCAUAAAUCUGUGCUGUGAUGUUCCCUCCUCAUCAGGAGCAGCCGGACUACACUGAUUGUACCUCUGCGCUUGGAGUCAGAGGAUAGUCACCCCAGCCUGUGUGAUAACUGUGUGACCUCAGGGAAGUCAGUUAACCUCUCUGUUUUCCCAACUGCAAAAUAGGGCUGGUGACAUGCACCUUAAAAGUAAGGAGCCGAUUAGCUGGUGGAUAAAAAGCACUUUCUAAGCUACGAAGGGCUUUGGAGAAUGUUGUUCUUCUCACAGGUCAGCGCCUGGAAUGCUCAGGUUAGCUUGUCUCCUGGGGUGUCUCCUCCCGCUGGAUGGUUAGUUCUAAAGGGCAGUGGGCAAGAGCACUCAACUUCUUGGAAUCAAAAUAAAUUAAUCACUGAGAUAAACUGCAGAAGCUCAAAUUCCCCUGCAGGAAGGAGGUCCAGAAUUUUUAACUGGGGAAUUUUGCUGGCCCUUUACAAAACUGAAGAGGAGGGGAAGCCUGUGGCCAGUAUUCAGGGCCUCCCUCCCUGAGUGCUCUGCCCGAUACCCGGGACCAUCACUCACCUCCAGGACUCUAGUCACCCACCACCCGUGGCGGGAACCCCUCCCUCAGCCACUCCCGCAAAGCCAGGUCUGUCUGCUCCUUCCCCCAAAUGAUAGGAAAGGAACACAGGCUUUGGAACCACAUGAACAUGGCUUUGGGUCAGCCCGACCACUCACCAGCUCCACAUCCACGGUGGCCAAGUUGUCACUCUUGGAGCCGGUUUCCCCAUGUGGAGAAUGGGCUGCAACUUCCUUCCAUCCUUGAUUAAGAGGAUGAGACACCUGCGCUUUGCAGACUUUAACCAGCCCAGGAGUCACCUGGAGGUCUUGUUAAAAUGCAGGCUGCUCCCAUACCGUAGGGCUUGGUGGGGCCGGGGACUCUGCCUAUUCAGCAAGCUCCCAGCUGGUGCGAUUGCACCCUGAAUAGCAAGACCCCAGCUCAGGCGUAUGAGGUGCCCGGCGCGUGGUAAGUACUCAGUCAAUAGAAUCUGCCACCUGAAGGUUUUCUUUCCCCCAGCCAAAAGGUUCUCCUUUGAAAACAGGAAUGGAUGAAAAGAGAAAGCUCUGCUCACCGCAGAAUUCUUAGGGAAACAAGAAAAAACAAGUUUGGCUUUCAAGGCAGGCUGGGUGUGGGGAGUGAGAACGGUGUGCCCCCUCCAUGGCAGCUCCCCAGUUCGGUGGCUACUCCAUGCACAUGUGCGCUGCAGGUGGCCUCUGCCCUGCUUGGUUAAACCUCUAGGGCUCAGGCCCCAACUUGCCAUGCCGCGAACACAUCCUCAGAGCCGGGCACGGGCCUUUUUCUUCCAGUUACAGCUCUUCCCAAGGAAUUUUCAAAGCACACGGGGUUCGCUUGGCAGGAGUCUCCCAGGAUAUAAAUACGCUUUGGGGGCUUUUGUUUUAAGCACUGCGGUCUCUCUUCGACUUGAGGCCUGAGCACAGAGCUUUCCCCCUUCGCCCUCACCAAAAUGCAACCAUGAAGGGCCGCUGCCAGGAGGACUCCAGGAGACUCUGAGUGAGGUUAAAGAGAGGCCUCCCGCACCCCUACCCCCGCUGAUUUUGCCUUUAAUUUUGCUUUUCUGGAAAGCCUGCUUCUCCACAAGCUGCUGACUCAUCCAGGGCUAGGGUCUUUUUUUUUUUUUUUUCUUUCUCAGAAUCGCCACAAAGCCCAGAGAUUUUGAGGUCUGGAUGCACCGACUGCUCUUGGAGUAAAAAGAUUCCCAGGAUGUGAGCCACACGGGACUGAUACGAUGUUUCCUGAUAUGUUUAGUGUUUGGUGCCAUUGCAAUUUUCUGUGCUGAAAUCAUUCUGAAAACUCAAACAGUAGACUUCAGCAUACGAGGAAAGCCAAAGCCAUUUGAGGGGGAAUAAAGCCAAAAGCCUUUCAUCUUAUUCGUUCCAAGAAUCUCACUGCCCCCUCUCCACUCCCUUCCAAAAAUAAGCCAUUGCACCCAGACAGGCAGCAUGGCUAGCAAACGGAAAUCUACAACUCCAUGCAUGGUUCGGACAUCACAAGUGGUAGAACAAGAUGUGCCCGAGGAGGUAGACAGGGCCAAAGAAAAAGGAAUCAGCACACCACAGCCUGACGUGGCCAAGGACAGUUGGGCAGCAGAACUUGAAAACUCUUCCAAAGAAAAUGAAGUGAUAGAGGUGAAAUCUACAGGGGAAAGCCAGUCCAAAAAACUCCAAGGUGGUUACGAGUGCAAAUACUGCCCCUACUCCACACAAAACCUGAACGAGUUCACAGAGCAUGUCGACAUGCAGCAUCCUAACGUGAUUCUCAACCCCCUCUACGUGUGUGCAGAAUGUAACUUCACAACCAAAAAGUACGACUCCCUGUCUGACCACAACUCCAAGUUCCAUCCUGGGGAGGCCAACUUCAAGCUGAAGUUAAUUAAACGCAAUAAUCAGACUGUCUUGGAACAGUCCAUUGAAGCCACCAACCAUGUCGUGUCCAUCACCACCAGCGGCCCUGGAACUGGUGACGGUGAUCCUGGGAUCUCGGUGAGUAAAACCCCCAUCAUGAAGCCCGGGAAACCGAAAGCAGAUGCCAAGAAGGCGCCCAAGAAGCCCGAGGAGAUGACCCCCGAGAACCAUGUGGAAGGGACCGCCCGCCUGGUGACAGACACAGCUGAGAUCCUCUCAAGACUCGGAAGCGUGGAGCUCCUCCAAGACACAUUAGGACACGUCAUGCCUUCUGUACAGCUGCCACCAAAUAUCAACCUUGUGCCCAAGGUCCCCGUCCCACUAAAUACUACCAAAUACAACUCUGCUCUGGAUACAAAUGCCACGAUGAUCAACUCCUUCAACAAGUUUCCUUACCCCACCCAGGCGGAGUUGUCCUGGCUGACAGCUGCCUCCAAACACCCAGAGGAGCACAUCAGAAUCUGGUUUGCCACCCAGCGCUUAAAGCACGGCAUCAGCUGGUCCCCAGAAGAGGUGGAGGAGGCCCGGAAGAAGAUGUUCAAUGGCACCAUCCAGUCAGUACCUCCGACCAUCACUGUGCUGCCCGCCCAGUUGGCCCCCACAAAGGUAACGCAGCCCAUCCUCCAGACGGCUCUACCUUGCCAGAUACUCGGCCAGACUAGCCUGGUGCUGACUCAGGUGACCAGUGGGUCAACAACCGUCUCUUGCUCCCCCAUCACGCUUGCCGUGGCAGGAGUCACCAACCACGGCCAGAAGAGACCCUUGGUGACUCCCCAAGCUGCCCCGGAGCCCAAGCGUCCACACAUCGCUCAGGUGCCAGAGCCCCCACCCAAGGUGGCCAACCCCCCGCUCACCCCAGCCAGUGACCGCAAGAAGACAAAGGAGCAGAUAGCACAUCUCAAGGCCAGCUUUCUCCAGAGCCAGUUCCCUGAUGAUGCUGAGGUUUACCGGCUCAUCGAGGUGACUGGCCUUGCCAGGAGCGAGAUCAAGAAGUGGUUCAGUGACCACCGAUAUCGGUGUCAAAGGGGCAUCGUCCACAUCACCAGCGAAUCCCUUGCCAAAGACCAGCUGGCCAUCGCAGCCUCCCGACACGGUCGCACAUACCAUCCGUACCCAGACUUUGCCCCCCAGAAGUUCAAAGAGAAAACACAGGGUCAGGUUAAAAUCUUGGAAGACAGCUUUUUGAAAAGUUCUUUUCCUACCCAAGCAGAACUGGAUCGGCUAAGGGUGGAGACCAAGCUGAGCAGGAGAGAGAUCGACUCCUGGUUCUCUGAGAGGCGGAAGCUUCGAGACAGCAUGGAACAAGCUGUCUUGGAUUCCAUGGGGUCUGGCAAAAAAGCUCAAGAUGUGGGUGCCCCCAACGGUGCCCUGCCUCGACUUGACCAGCUCUCCGGUGCCCAGUUAACCAGUUCUCUGCCCAGCCCUUCGCCAGCAAUUACAAAAAAUCAAGAACAGGUUCAUCUUCUGAGGAGCACAUUUGCAAGAACCCAGUGGCCUACUCCCCAGGAGUACGACCAGUUAGCAGCCAAGACAGGCCUGGUCCGAACUGAGAUUGUGCGUUGGUUCAAGGAGAACAGAUGCUUGCUGAAAAUGGGAACUGUGAAGUGGAUGGAGCAGUACCAGCACCAGCCCGUGGCUGAUGAUCACGGCUAUGAUACCGCAGCAAGGAAAGCAACAAAACCCAUCGCCGAGAGCCCAAAGAAUGGGAGUGAUGUGGCUCCGCAAUAUUACAAGGACCCCAAAAAGCUCUGUGAAGAGGACUUGGAGAAGUUGGUGCCCAGGGUAAAAGUAGGCAGUGAGCCAGCAAAAGACGGUUUGGCAGCGAAGCCCUCAGAGGCCACCUCAGACCGGUCAGAGGGCAGCAGCCGGGACGGCCAGGGCAGCGACGAGAACGAGGAGUCGAGCGUUGUGGAUUACGUGGAGGUGACAGUCGGGGAGGAGGAUGCCAACUCAGAUAGAUCAGAUAGCUGGAGUCAGGCUGCAGCAGAAGGCAUGGCGGAACUGGCCGAAUCCGACUCCGACUGCGUCCCUGCAGAGGCCAGCCAGGCCUAGACAGGGAAGUCCAUUAGAAGUGCUGUGCUGAACAAGGGGAUGCUCUGUCUUUGAAGAAAGAAGAGAUGGUCCCUCCCCAGCCGUGGGCCACCCUCACCAGUGACUCCAAGUGGAACUACUUAGCUCAUGUGUGCCUGGAGGGUGUGGGAAGCCCAGCGACUCUCAGAUGCACCUCCCAGAGGACCAGUGGGAAUUGUUCAUAGUGCCAAAGUCCUACUACUGCGUUUUCAAUGGGUCCUUGUACAUAGUUUGCUCCUCCGCCCUAGCCCUCACCUCUUGCUAUACUGGAACCGAUUUGUACAAUGUGGGAAUUUUGUUACCUUUUUAAUCAAGGGCAACUUCCUUUUCCAGCACUACCAUUGUAAGGUUUUUAUCAGGAGGGAGGGCUAACCGCCUUGCUUUUCUCUUUUUCUUUUAUAAUUUUUAUUUUAUUAAUUUGGGGAAGGGGUGUUAGUAUUAGUGCCAUGAUAUCUACUGGAUUUUAAGUAGGGAGAAUUUGUUUUUAAAGGUAGGUUGAAAUUUGAGAGAUUUCUCAGCAGGAAGGGCUGAAAUCUAUGCCUCUGUCUCAACUUGGAGAGAGGUGACAGACAGUAGAUCUUGCAAAUCAAAUUCCUUUCCAGUUCUUCCCCUGGCUGCCUUUUCAGGGGGUCCCUGCCUUAGUCCCACACUAGGCUUUCUGAACUGCCAAGAGGGGAUCUGGCUUCUCCACUGCUUGGCCUCUUGGGCCAGGCUGGGCCCAGCCAGCACUAGGAGAACUGGGUAACAGGUAGCUGACUUCUUUAAGCACCUUUCUAAAAACCAGCAGAAGAGGCUCCCGCCUCUGUGAGCAUGGUCAGUACUAUUGUGACGUUAAAACAACAACAAGAUCUUCCUAUCUGGAGGGUUCAAAGGUGAACAGUUUGCUUUUCAUUUCUCUUUUCACUGCCUUUUCUCGGUGUGGUAUUUGACGAGAUUUCAGCUCAAAGCCUCACCAUGAAUUGAUUUUUUGUUUGUUUCUUUGCGUGUGUGUUUGUUUUGGGGACAAUUUUAGAUACCUGAGUGCACUUUUCUUCAGUUAGUCCUAACUUUUAAGGAAGGAAAACCAAGAGACCUAUCUGGUGUACAUGUUGCAAUAUGAAUUCUGGUUGCAAUCCCUCCCCCCUCCCAUUCUGCCCCCCAUUUGAGUACACCACACAAGUCAAAUGCUAGGAAGUUUGAAUCAAACCGAUUUUUCUAACUUGUUGCUCAUUUGUUGUAACUCAAUAAAGCAAAGACUAAACAUUUUUAUAACCUUU